CGCGCGCUGGGAUCCCGCCGCCGCCGGUCGCUGGAGCUUUGCUAGCGGCCAGUGUCCGAGCCGGCGUCCGGCCUCCGUAGCCAGAUAGCAUGUUGCAGAAGUCGAGGGUCCGGGGACGCCCUGGGGCCCCGACGGAGCGGGAGCGGGAGGGCGGCCGCGGCGGAGACAGCCGGCGCCCGCGGGGCGGCGCGGCCGACGAGGCCCCGAGCACCUCCCGCGGGCCGGGCGGCUCGCAGGAGGCCCCCGGCACCGGGUCCCCGGGCGCCCGCUCGGCCCUGGCCGCCCCCGCCGUGGGGCCCAGGUCCCAGAAGCAGCUGGAGGUGAAGGUGGCCGAGCUGGUGCAGUUCUUGCUGAUUAAGGACCAGAAGAAGAUGCCGGUCAAGCGGACCGAGCUCCUGAGACACGUCGUGGGGGACUACAAGGACGUCUUCCCCGACCUGCUCAGGCUCGCCGCCCAGCGCCUCGAGUACGUCUUCGGGUACAGGCUGGUGGAACUGGAGCCCAAGAGCAGCACGUACGUCCUGGUCAACACCCUGGAGCCGGUGGAGGAGGACGCGGAGGUGAGAGGGGACCAGGGCACGCCCGGCGCCGGCCUGCUGAUGAUCGUCUUGGGGCUCAUCUUCAUGAGGGGCCACACCAUCAAGGAGACGGAGGUCUGGGACUUCCUGCGGCGCCUAGGGGUGCACCCCACCAAGAGGCAUUCGGUGUUCGGGGACCCGAAGAAGCUCAUCACCGAGGACUUUGUGCGCCAGCGUUACCUGGAGUACCGACGGUUACCCCACACUGAUCCUGUGGACUAUGAAUUGCAGUGGGGCCCGCGCACCAACCUGGAAACUACCAAGAUGAAAGUCCUUAAGUUUGUGGCCAAAAUCCAUAACCAAGACCCCAAGGACUGGCCCGUGCAGUACUGUGAGGCUUUGGCAGACGAGGCGGCCAGGGCCAGACCUCAGCCCGGUGUCCCAGCCCCCUCCUCGUGAAGUCCCAGGUAGAUUCAGAGGGACUCCUGGGAGGAGGAUCCGAGGCCGAAGAGGUGGGGGUGGGAAAUAGUUCUGUGACGCUUGACUAGCUUGCGAAGAUGUGUUCGUGUUUAUUUUGCUAAAUUACUUGGUUCCAAAUCUACAUGUGUAAGGAAUUGCUUUGCUUUGUUGUAUAGUCUAUAUUUUUUUGAUAUAAGAAAAUGUUACUACUUCGUAAAACUGAUCGUAACAUUUCGUGCCCUGUUCUGAAACAUAUGUAAGAAAAAACACAUCAGUAAAUUGCUUUGGUGCCAAGUAAAAAACCACAGAGGUAUUCUCUGGCCUCUUUACCCCAGUUUGAAGGGAAAAAUAAAAAGUCAUUAUAAAUUAAAGUGUAAUUGCCUGUAUUGUUGUUACCUUAACACAGUCAUUGUAUUUUUAUAUGUUUUACGUAUUUAAGCAUUUUUGGUGGUUCCAAGGAAUACAUCUUCAGUAUUUUCUCUGAAAAUAUUUAUCUUUCUGUAUAAUAUUCAUAGUAAUUAUCUAGCUGGGUUGCUGACAGUUAAGUUCCACUUAGAUUUUAUCCUUUUUUUCUUUUUCGCUAUUACUGUUACUGUAAUAAACACUAUUUUUGAAGCAGUUAAGCAGUGUGUGUUUUUUUAAUCAUGUGUCGUGAGAAAUUCAUUUUGGCUGGAAACCAGCAUCUUAAAUAGAAAUGAAAAGUUAAAGACAGUUUGUGCUACAUACAGUAACAUGAGUAGAGUUUUACAGACCUUUCACUUUAAUAUGUGUAAAUGUGCAUCACACUUUUCACUGUGGGUCACAGAAGACUUUGUAAAACUGUAGUGAUUGACCAGGCCUGACCGGGAAUCAGCCUGCUUGGGUUCAAAUCCUGGCCCCCACCUCUAACUAACUGUAAAAGCUUAGAUGGGUUACUUAACCUGGAUAUAGGUGUUUCCUCACCUGUAAAAUGAGGCUGAUGUUGGAUAUAUCAUGUGUGAUAAUUAGAUGUGACACACUGCCUGCCGUGGAGGAUUUUGGCUGUUAUUCCUUAAAUUUUUUGAAAAUUUGUGUUUUGUUCUUGGUCUGGAGCUGUGGUGGUGCAGUGGUUAAGAGCUCAGCUGCUAGCAAAGUUGGUAGUUCGAAUCCACCAGCCGAUCCUCGGAAACCCUAAGGGGCAGUUCUACCCUGUCCUGUGAGGUUGCUAUGAGUUGGAAUCCACUCCACAGCAAAGGGUUUGGGAGCUGUUUUUGUUCAUUUUUAAUUAUCUCGGUCUAAGUCAUUACUAGAAAUGAAAUUACUGAUUUAAAGGUUAUGACCCUACUAGUCUGACCCCAUCUUGGGGUUUUAUGGCAAACCAAACAGGUGGCACAGGGUAGGGUCAGUGAUGAGCACAGCCAACAUAGUGGUAAGAGCAGGAACAUUACACGUAAGGUCUCCCCAGGGCUGUGAGGCAGCGUUGUUGUCUAGAGAAAAGGUUAUGCAUUUCAAGGUUGUCUGACAACCUGAGUUUGAAUUCUAGCUCAUUUUAACUUGUCAGCAUGGUGGUUUGGGUAGGUUUUAAGCUCUCAGAAUCUCAGAUUCUUUAUCUGUAAAAUGAGGAAAAUAGAGUGAAACCGGUGAGAGCUGAACUUGAUGGGACUGCCUUGUUUUUCCAAGUCUCACAAGUUUUCCACCUUUGACAGUGUAGCUUACCGCUUUUCUCUUGCUCUCUAUUAGUGGAAAAUACUUGAGUUUUCCUUUUCUGGCAGGUUUCCACGUUACGUGGGUUCCAGCUUUCACAAGUUUUACUGCAUAUCAUGGUGUGUUUUAUGAAUUAAAUGAAAUAGUAUAUUUAAAGUACCUAUUUUUUUUUUAAUAAGUUAGAGCUCAGUGAAUGCUCUAAGAGUUGAUUAAAAUGUGACUUGAUCAUUAACAUAGUGGUCUUGGACAUUGUAAACUCAGAAUUUUAGAGCUAGAAAGGAUUUUAGAAAUCACGUAGCCCAGCCAUCUCUUGACACAUGUGAAAACUGAAGCCAGAGGACACACAUGGAAUUAGGAGUAAACUAGGUCAAGGACUCAAAUUUGAAUCCCUGUUCAGUGCAAUCUAUUUAGGCUCUGUCUUGGUCAUCUAGUGCUGCUGUAACAGAAAUGCCACAAGUGGAUGGCUUUAACAAAGAGAAAUUUAUUCUCUCACAGUCUAGUAGGUUACAAGUCCAAAUUCAGGGUGUCAGCUCCAGGGGAAGGCCUUCUCUCUUUGUUGGCUCCGGGGGAAGGUCCGUGUCCUCCAUCUUCCCCUGGUCGAGGAGCUUCUCAGGCCAGGACUCCGUAUCCAAAGGACGCGCUUUGCUCCUGGUGCUGCUUUCUUGGUGGUAUGUGGUCCCCAACCCUCUGCUUGCUUCCAUUUCCUUGCAUCUCUUGAGAGAGAGAAAAGGUGGUGCAGGCCACACCCCAGGGAAACUCCCUUUACCUUAGAUCCAGGGAGGUGAUCUGAGUAAGGGUGGUGUUACAAUCUCACCCAAAUCCUUUCAAGGUAAAGUUACAAUCACAAAAUGGAGGACAGCCACAGAAUACUGGGAAUCAUGGCCUAACCAAGUUGAUACACAUAUUUUUGGGGGACACAAUUCAAUCCAUGACGGGGUCUUUUCACAACAAGGAAUAGAGUUUUACUAAGUCACCUCAAGCAUUAAAACCAAAACCAAGCCCAUUGCUAUUGAGUCAAUUCCGACUCAUAGCAACCAGAUAGGACAGAGUAGAACUGCCUCAUAAGGUUUCCAAGGAGUGGCUGGUGGAUUUGAACUGCCAACCUUUGGGUUAGCAGCUGAGCUCUUAACCACUGUGCCACCAGGGCUCAAAAAACGGACCUAGGAAAAUCUUAACAGCCUGGCUUUGAGUCUGUAAGUUAUUUUGGAAUAUAAAUUACCUUCUGGCCAAGCACCUGCCUGCUGGUCCUUUCCUCACUGGCUGCUUUCUCCUCCAGGUGUGCUCUGGUACUCCCAUUUUCACCUGUCUGGUACAAUCAUCAUUACUUACCAUCCAGUGGCAGUUAUAUCCAGGGCAACUGUCUUCUACACUUUUCUCAUAGAAAUGUCCACAAUUUACCGUCAAUGAAUGACCAUUUAUUUCAGAUUGUAAAAUACAAAACAUCACGGGCCAAAUCAGGCCCUGUGUCUUUUCCUUCUUAACCGUUCUCAGAGGUAGAAGCUCCUCGCUGUCAUGCCAUCGUCUAGUGUCUUACUGCACAGGUGGAUAUACAUAAACAUAAUGUGACUUUGUGAGCUUUUACAAGUAACGUAAGUGGUGUUAUACUGUACAUACCCAUUUGUGACUUGCAUUCGUCACUAAACAUUACGUUGUUGAGAUUUAGCCA